AUCUUCGAUACUACCUUCUGCGGCGACUGGGCUGGUAAUGUCUGGGGUUCGGGCAGUUGUGCGUCCGUCGCUAGCUCAUGUAGUGAUUAUGUGGCGAAUAAUCCGGAGGCUUUUGCCGAGGCUUAUUGGAUUAUUAAUUCGUUGAAGGUUUAUCAGGAUGAUGGUGAUGAUGAUGAUACUGUUGCUGGGGUGGUUGAUUAUGGGGAUGAUGAGGAUGACGACGACAAUGACAAUUCGGAUGAUGAUGAUUCGGAUGAUGACGAUGAUUCAGACGACGACGAUGAUGAUUCUGAUUCUGAUGAUGAUUCAGACGAUGAGGACGACGACGACGACGAUGAUGAUUCAGACGAUGAGGACGACGACGACGACGAUGAUGAUUCAGACGACGAUGAUGACGAUGAGUCUCGUCCCUGGAGAGGUGGAGGAGGAGGAAGAAACCGUCAUGGUUCGAAGCUGUACGCGUCGACGUCGACCUCGUCGUUCCCUAGUCCGUCGUUUGUGAGAAAGACAAAGUGGGAGAGGAGGAAUCCGAUGGCGGGGAUGAUUUUCUAGAUUCCUCGUCUGUCUCUCGUCUGAAUCCGUUCAUUUCAUCUUCAUCUUCAUCUUCAGCUCUGUUUUCCCUCAUUUGAUUCAUUGAUUGAUGCGUUGGUUGCCUGGGAUUGCGGUCAUUCGUUUUGUAUGCUUGAUCGGUUGACUGUCGUUUUGAUUUCACUCUUUCGGUGCAUUCAUGCAUGCAUGCAUGUAUAGAUCUGGAUCUAUACGUGCAUAAGCUACAUCAUAGUAACUAUCUUCUUUUCCUGGGGUAUGUACUAGUCGCUCGCUUCAUCACUACUUACUAUACCCGUCACUCGUUAGAACGAUUUACUCUAAUUGAAGUUCAU